GGUGAAAUGGACAUGGUGACCUUCAAGGAUGUGGCAUUAAACUUCACCAAGGAGGAGUGGACCCUGCUGGCCCCCGAGCAGAGGAAUCUCUACAGAGACGUGAUGCUGGAGAACUUCCAGAACCUGGCCUCGGUGGGCGAGGCGGCCCGGCAGCAACCCAGAGCCUCUGCCCCUCAGCGGGACAGCCUCGCUGGAAAGACUUUUCGCGAAGCCCGCAGAGCGUGUCUGGUGAGCAACAGUUGGGGCUCAGGAGGAGACCGCAGAACAGGGGAGCCGCACGAGCAGAGGGGACAGAAAGCGACGCGGGUGGCGGUUGCCCGAGAGAAAGAGGAGUCCCUGGUUCAAGGCUGUGUGUGUCCUGAGACGAGGGAGGGCCCUGAACCGAGCUCAGAGUGUGUGCCUUCACAGGGAGAUGCCACAAGAAAACAUAUCCCCCCAAAUACUUUGAAGCAAAAUCGAGCCUUUACGAGUCAUCACAAAGUCCCUGAAAAGAGCAGGGGCGAUGGAGGGUGGGGACAGAGCGCGCAGUCAGCUGCGGGCGCGACAGCUCCAACAGCAUCAGAAUCACACACGCGGGCUGACGGUCGGGGCCCUGUGCUCCGCACGCAUCAUGAACCGUACACCGGGGUGAAUGUCCAUGAAUUUGGGGACGUCUUCCCGGAAGACUGUGUCCGUAGGGUGCAUGAGACUCACGCUCAGGAGAAAGCUCAUGAGUCUAAUGAGGGUGGAAACACCUCCCGGAGGAACUGGAGCCCUAGGGUGCAGGUGCGCUCUUACCCAGGAGCGACAGAUCAUGAGAGCCACCAAAGGGGGCAAAGCUUUGCCCAAGUUCCAAAUUCUGCGUCGCACGGGAGCGUGAGGAUGGGGGAGAAAAGCUACAAAUGUCAAGACUGUAGGAAAUCCUAUGCUUACCGCUCGUUCUUUGUGAAACACAUGAGCCUUCACACUGGAGAGAAGCCCUACGAGUGUAAGAAGUGUGGGCAAGCCUUUCGGUAUUCGUUACACCUUCACAAACACUUAGGAAGGCACGUUGCGGAGAAGCCCCAUGUGUGCAAGGAAUGCGGGAGAGCCUUCCCCAAGGCCUGGCAACUUACCAUCCAUGCGAGGAUUCACACUGGAGAGAGGCCCUACAGAUGUAAGGAAUGCGGGCGGGGCUACACCAAUAAUUCAUCCCUUAAGAGCCACCUAAAGAAGCACAGCUGAGAGAGACCCUCUGAAGGGAAGGAAUGUGAACGCUUCGCUUUUCUCAAAAUACUGAGCAAGUGGAGAGGACAUUUUGGAAGGGAGCUCAAUAAGUGAACAGAGGGAAAAGUCUUUCGUGGAUUCCUGUAUCUUAGAGCAAUGGGAAAAUUCACACUGGAAAGAGCCUGUGAAGAUAAGGUGCGUGGAAAGCUUUUAACCUUCAUUAGUC